AUGCAGACGGUCAUUCUCCUAGUGCUGUCCGUCGUCGGGUUGUAUGUUCUCCAGAAGUACAUUGAGUUCAGGCAGACGGUCAAUUCCAUCCAGAACUUUCCUGGAUUCCGAGUCUUAUUUGGAGUGGGAAAUCAACUAUUGCGGCACCGUAUUCCUCUCAUCUCUUUCGGGAACUUCGCUACAUGGAAGUAUAAGCACAAAGACUUUGCCGACGCUGGGAUGGAUAUAUUUUCAACUGUCAGCGUCUGGCCUCAUGUAGUGACGUACUUCGUUGCAGAUGCUCCCGCUCUCAAGGAAAUCACGGCCUCCCGGGCGCGUUUCCCGAAGCCAUUGUGGCAGUACAAAGUUCUGUCGUUCUACGGAAGCAACAUUGUUAUCACCGAAGGCGACGAGUGGAAGCGCCAUAGGAAGAUCACCGCCCCUGCUUUUUCGGAGCGCAACAAUAGGCUCGUUUGGGACGAGAGCAUCCGCAUCGUGCAGGACCUGUGUGGCACCGUGUGGGGCACUAAGGAGGACAUCACGAUCGACAACAUUGUCAACCUCACCGUCCCGAUUGCGCUGUUCGUCAUCGGUGUCGCCGGGUUUGGCCGACGGAUCUCGUGGAGCGAGGACAUCGUCGUGCCUGCUGGGCAUGCUAUGACUUUCAAGGACGCGCUGCACACCGUGUCGACGGACCUGUUUCUCAAAAUCGUCGUCCCCGAUUUUGUGCUGAAGCUGGACCUCACGACGAGGUUGAAGACAUUCCGUGUCGCAUAUGACGAGCUUGAGCGAUACAUGGUGGAGAUGAUCAGAGCACGCAAGACGUCAGAGAAGGAGGAGGAGCGGUAUGACCUGUUCAGCAGCUUGCUUGAUGCAAAUGAAGAUGAACUCGAUGGGCAGACCAAGCUGAGUGACAGCGAGACCAUCGGGAAUAUCUUCAUUUUUCUCAUUGCUGGACACGAGACUACGGCACAUACACUCGCCUACGCGUUCAUCAUGUUGGCGCUGUACCAAGACGAACAGGAAAUUCUCUAUCAGCACAUCAAGAGCGUCCUCCCUGACGGCAGAAUUCCUACGUACGAAGAAAUGGGGCUUUUGACCCAAUCCAUGGCCGUCUUCCAUGAGACUCUGCGCAUGUUCCCUCCAGUUUGCUCGAUCCCAAAGCACUGCGUGGAAGAUACGACGCUCCUGACGCGCAACGCGGCUGGAGAAGCUGUGUUGGUACCUAUCCCGAAGGGCACGAACAUCGUUAUCCACACGCCUGGCCUGCACUACAACCCGCGGUACUGGCCGGAUCCGCACACCUUCAAGCCCGCGCGGUUCCUCAGUGACUGGCCGCGCGACGCAUUUAUGCCGUUCAGCGGCGGCGCGCGGUCGUGCCUUGGACGGCGGUUCUCGGAGACCGAAGGCGUCGCAAUCCUCACAUACCUUGUCUCGCGCUACCGGAUUGAGGUGAAGGAGGAGCCCCAGUUCGCGUCAGAAACGUUCGAGCAGCGCAAGGAUCGUUUACUCGAGUCUCGGUCCGCGAUUACUCUCUACCCUGUGAAGGCUGGACUUGUGUUCAAGCGCCGAUGA